UAGUCUCUCGAACCCGCUUGCGGAAUUCGCUUAAUGAGAUCGGGCCGCCGCUCUCGCGCUUGUGAAACACACGCGCAUAUCUCUAGCAAUUCGAUCCGACGCACAUUGUAUACAUAUAUAUGAUAUUUAAUAAUAUAUAGAUAUACACUGUAUACACAUAUAUGAUUAUCGGAGCUCACAGGAGCGUAAUCUACUUGACCGACGUAAGUUACUCGCUGCACCCACGUCGGCGGCGCGCUGAAGCCGCAUGUGUGAGUGUUUACAACAACACAGACACCGAAAAUCUUGACACUGUAUAUACUCUCCUCGUGCGAGAGGACACAUGUGCCUAUGAGGCAUAUGGAAGCUGGUUACGAGUUAAUCGCGGACUGAUAAGCUGCUGGAGAAGAGAUGGCGAGCGUCGAGGAACUGCAGCAGAGGAUCAAGUUCCUGGAGCAGCAGCUGGCGGAAAACGCCGCUGCCGCACCGGCCAGGGAUAAGAUCCAGCAGAUGUCCAGCGAAGUCGUUGACACGAAUCCUUACAGUCGAUUGUUGGCCCUUCAGCGGAUGGGGAUAGUCAAAAACUAUGAAAAGAUACGAGACAUGACCGUAGCUGUUGUGGGUGUUGGAGGAGUUGGAAGUGUGACUGCUGAGAUGCUCACCAGAUGUGGCAUUGGAAAGUUGGUGCUAUUUGAUUACGAUAAAGUUGAAUUGGCUAAUAUGAACAGGCUCUUCUUCCAACCACAUCAAGUGGGACAAACUAAGGUCGAAGCUGCAGCUAGAACGCUAAGGUUUAUUAACCCAGAUGUUGAAAUAGAGACACACAACUACAAUAUUACCACGGUUGAUCACUUUGAUGAAUUUAUGAAUACAAUCAAAACUUCAAGUAUUAAGAAAGGUCCUGUGGAUUUAGUGCUGAGCUGUGUAGAUAACUUUGAAGCAAGAAUGGCAAUUAACACGGCGUGUAAUGAAUUGAACCAAAAGUGGUUUGAAAGUGGUGUCUCAGAAAAUGCUGUAUCUGGGCAUAUUCAGUUCAUCAUACCAGGGGAGACUGCAUGCUUUGCUUGUGCACCACCUUUGGUAGUAGCAUCAAAUAUUGACGAAAAAACUUUGAAACGCGACGGUGUGUGCGCUGCGUCGUUACCAACAACAAUGGGUAUCGUUGCUGGUUUUUUGGUGCAAAAUACACUAAAGUAUUUGCUCGAAUUUGGUACAGUUUCGCAUUAUCUAGGAUAUAAUGCUAUGCAAGAUUUCUUCCCAACGAUGAGUCUGAAACCCAACACAAGCUGUGAUGAUAAGUUUUGUAGACAAAGACAGGAAGAAUUUGCUGCAAAACCUAAAUUAGAAUACUGUGAAGAAUGUGUGGAAGAAAAACCUUUGCAUGAAGAUAAUGAAUGGGGUAUUUGUCUUGUUGACGAGACAGUACAAGAAGAGACUGAUACAAGUAAAAGUAUUGCACCAGGUGUAACACAAGCUUAUGAAUUGCCAACUCAAGAUUUGGAUACGGAAUCUGAAGUAGCUGUGGAUACCACUGAGAGUUUAGAAGAAUUAAUGUCUAAAAUGAAAGCUAUGUAAUUUUUAUUUUGCUAAAAAAGUUUUUUCAAAAAAAGCAUUUAUAUUCCAUUAUUAGUGUCAAAAAUAUUUUAUCAUUAAAGAAAUUUAAGAUUUUACUAUGA